CUCGCUUCUGCCUACGGAACGUCACUAUCCAGUUAUAUAGGACAGUGUGUUCAUUGGGGUCCACAGAGGGUUGGAGAAAAGCCUCGACAUCAGUAGAAUCCCACAACCCGUUCUUUGACCUAUCUCCUGGGCGUGGAGUUUGGCCUUAGCCCAAAAGGAGGAGUGAACAAUAACGGGUUACUUGUAUAUGAAUGAUGCGUGUCCACCUGACAAAACCAUAAUUGGGCAGUCUGUUUAUGGCCUAGCUUCAGCGUUUGUCCUUCAUGAAGACAUAUCUGCAUGCACCCAAUCUAUGAAACCAGCUCCUGAACGCCCCCAGGUAGUAUUUGUCUUCAGUUACCUAUACGAUGCAACCGUGAAAUGUUCUGUUCUGUAGAUGGAACGGCCGUGUAAUGACAAUGCCGCAGCCUUGAUCUGUAAACAAGGAGCUCUAAACCGCGUGCAUAUGGCCCAUUCUCACCCUAUUCGCUCAUGU